UUAAAGAUUUUUGCCAUUUUUUUUUUUUACCGCUCGUACACGCUUCCUGGAUGCUCGUUCACGCGUUGUUUUUUUCUUCUUUUUUUUUAACCAUUUGUGCUGUAACAUCUCGUCAGACACGGAAAUAUAUUUGCAAGGACGAACUGAAAGAUGUGGAAGUCUGUGGUGGGCCACAACGUGAGCAUGAAGGUGCAGGCAGAAGGUGACGACUGGGAGACAGACCCGGACUUUGAGAAUGAUGUGUCGGAGCAGGAGCAGAGAUGGGGGGCCAAGACUAUCGAGGGCUCCGGCCGCAAAGAGCACAUCAGUGUUGCAGAGCUCAGGCAGACGGUGGCCGCGGAGCACGAGAAGGUGAAGCAUCAGGAGGAGACCCCCAAAGCGUCUUACGGCUAUGGGGGAAGGUUUGGGGUAGAGAAAGACCGCAUGGACAAGGUGGCCAUGGGGCACGACUACGUGGCUCAGGUGGACAAGCACAGCUCCCAAAAAGACGCAGCCAGAGGCUUUGGAGGGAAAUUUGGGGUUGAGAAAGACCGCGUGGACAAGUCUGCUAUGGGCUUUGAGUAUAAAGGACAAGUCCAGCAGCAUACGUCACAGAAAGACUAUUCCAAAGGCUUUGGGGGCAAAUACGGCGUGGAGAAGGAAAAAGUGGACAAAGCUGCCCUGGGCUACGACUACAAAGGCCAAACAGAAAAGCAUCAAUCUCAAAAAGAUUAUUCCAAAGGGUUCGGGGGAAAAUAUGGCGUGGAGAAGGAAAAAGUGGACAAAGCUGCUCUGGGCUACGACUACAAAGGCCAAACGGAGAAGCAUCAAUCUCAGAAAGAUUAUUCCAAAGGGUUCGGUGGCAAGUUUGGCGUGGAGAAGGAAAAAGUGGACAAAGCCGCUCUGGGCUACGACUACAAAGGCCAAACAGAGAAGCAUCAAUCUCAGAAAGACUAUUCCAAAGGUUUCGGAGGCAAAUAUGGCGUGGAGAAGGAGAAAGUGGACAAAGCCGCCGUGGGAUACGACUAUUUGGGCCGCACGGAAAAGCACCAGUCCCAAACAGAUUACUCAACAGGUUUUGGCGGUCGCUAUGGUGUGCAGUCUGAGCGUAUGGAUAAGAGUGCAUCAGGCUUCUCCGACAUGGACUCCCCUGCCUCUGCUUAUGAGAAGACACAACCAAUAGAAGCCUCCGGCGCCAACGCGGGGAAGCUUAAGGCUCGUUUCGAGAGCAUGGCCAAGGCCUCCGACCAGGAGAACACACGCAGAGUCGAGGAGGAGAGAAGCAGGCGGAAGGACAGAGAAACCAGGGAGCGGGAGGAAGCCAAACGUGGACAGCAGGUGCAGAAGAGCAGAGAGGCAGCAGAGUGUGAAAUCCCACCAGAGGACGACUCGAACGUGCAAGAAGAAACACAACCACAGAUUUAUGAGGAGCAGCCAGAAUACGGCGAUGAGCCUCCAGCUUUGCCCCCACGCUCGGACCAUUUCCUGGAUGAACUGCCGCCCCCUGUGGGACAGGAGGAGAACGACGUGUAUGAUGAACCCGCGGUGGAGGAUGGAGGCGAUGACUACAAGGAGUACAUCGGCGACGACUACGAGGAAGUUGCCGCAGCGCCCCCUGUGGUGGAGGAAGUAGGCGACGAGUAUGAGGAAGUUGCCACAGCGCCCCCUGUGGUGGAGGAAGUAGGCGACGAGUACGAGGAAGUUGCCACACUGCUGCCUCCUCCACCUUGGUCAGCAGGUGGCGUCCAAGCGAAAGCAAUAUACGACUAUCAAGGAGAGGACACCGAUGAGAUUUCCUUCAACCCGAACGACGUGAUCACCAACAUCGAGAUGAUCGAUGAGGGGUGGUGGAAAGGCUACUGCCACGGACGUACCGGCCUCUUUCCAGCAGCGUACGUUGAGCUGAUGCAGUAAACUAAGCUACUUUUAGUCAGUCUUGAGUGGUGAGGUUCGUAUGGCAACAGAUUCAAUAAGCCUGUGUUCCAGAGAGUUUAUUUGAAGUCUGAGCUUUGUGUGGUUUAAAUGGGAAAUUAGAAACUCAUCAUAUGAGGAAAACAAGUAGGCGUUUUAUCCAUCUUUGUUUGCUGAUAAAAAUAUCAAAGUAUACAUGAGAACAAUCAAGCCAUUGGUCUGCUCACCUCUGUCCGUACAUCUAUAGCUGCUGUUCCACACAAAUAAAGACAAUAAUAUCCUUAGCAUUGUUAUCCUCAUUGUGAGUCACUUGUCAGAGUCAUCAUGGAUAAAAUGUAUUUACAGUGUCUGAGGGUGAAGGUUUGGGAGCAAAACAAACAUCUUGUUUCACCAGGCAAUGCCCUUCUUCUUCUUCUUGACCCGACACCCUUUCUUUUUCAGUCGCAUGGCUUUCAGCUUCUUGGCCUGUCGCUGGUUCAUCCACACAGGAUACUGUCCAUGCUCAUUCAACAUAGUCUUCUUGUUGCGCUUGCUGUCCACGUCCAUUUUAUGCUCUGCAAGGCAAAUGGGGAAUAAAAAACAAAAUCCAUGAUAAAGAUUCCAAAGGAAGGAUGAUGACAAGCCCCACUCACCACAAUCGCCAGCUUCUGUCGUAACGUCAGCAUCCCCCUUGAUCUUUUCAGCCGGCACCACAGUGGCGAUCUCCUCCAGGUCGGUCAUGAUGGCAUCGCCUUUCUUGUCAUUACUCAGGGCUUGUUUGAGGCGGACUAACUCCUUUGGGGCGUUUUUCUUCCUCUUCUCUGCUCGCAUCUUCCUCUUUCGUUUGCUACGCAAGCUUUUGGCCAUGUUUGUUGAUGUUCUGU